AUGCCAGACGAAGCAGAAUACCCUUUCCAGUACACUUUUGGAGAGGCAGUUGUAUACAAAGACUACAAACCACCGUCAAGAGAUGCUAUUCAUCUUCCUGAAUAUGUUAUCUAUUUGUUUCUGGCAGGCCUGAUUGUUGUGUUGGUAGCAUAUGCCAUUGUAGGACAUCUCAUCAAGGACCUGUUACAUGACUUUGCAGGUGCAGCAACAGCAAACACUUCUGUGGUCUGGCAACCUUGGAUGACUGGAUUCACUGCUGUUACUGUGUUCCUCUUCAUUGUCUUUGCUGUAAUGAUAAUUAAGAGAACCCUUUGUUCAAAGAACAAGGAAACUGAACAGUCUAGCACUAACUUAAUCAACAAUGAAAGGAGCAGGGACAUUGAAAUGUUUGGCACGAGCUUAACCCUCGAUGUAAGGAACAAGGAAACUGAAGAGUCUAGCACUAGUUCAAACAGUGAAGAAAGAACUUCAGCAUCUGAGGGGUACUCUAACCCAACAAUGGCCGAGAACACAGUGUCUAACUUCUGAGACGCUAUAACUGGAAUUUUACGUACGAGUUCAUUAUAUAAAUUUUUUUUUUCCCUCUGAAAAUAUAAAGUGGCUGAUCUGUGAUUGAAAGCUUUAUCUCUCUGCAGUGGAAUAAAAUUCAUUUCUGUAAUAAAUCUGCAAAGGCUGGCAAAAGAAUGGUGAAUAUUUAAAAUGUUUUGUGCCUUAUGUAAUUUACCUUGUGACAGGCAUCAUUCUUCUCCAAGAGGUGUG